UUAAUCCCAACUCAUGUAUUCUUGAUUGAAGGAGCAGCUAGCUAUACAUGCUUACUUUUAGGUUUCAUCGCAUAUGCCUUCUUCAUUUGCGGUUACCAUAUCAUCUCUUAAAAGAUGCGUUUUUUCCCCUCAUCUAGCAUACCAAGGUUACUAAGCUUGUAACUGCAGUGCUUGUGUCUCGAGUGGAACAAAACGUGAAAGUACCCUUUAGAGUUGUUGGAUGGUAGAGAUAUGAUAAUAUGGUCAAAAGAGACAACUUCCAAACCUUGUAAUAAAAUGUCAUCACAUUGUAGUCUUCAAAAUCAAAAGCACCAAGUUCCCAUGCUAUUGAAUUCUAGUUCUACAAAUUUACAGAAGAGGAAAUGUAAGCAAUACAUAAAUGGUGAUAAAUUUGAUAAUGCCAAAGAUCAAAAAAGAAAAUCACCUUCUCAUGUCUUAUGUUCAAGACUAUCGGAUGGAAAAAGGAUCAAAUGUGGUUCCCCUCAAAAUGAUAGGGUUGAAUUUUGUUCUAUUUCUAGACAAGACUAUUCUCACCUAAGUGAUGUUGUAGAUUCCGGGAAGCGACUAAAUUAUCUUAUGAACGAAGAAAGCUUUUAUAUUCAUGCUAGAGAUUUAAUGGAUAAUAGUUAUUCUUGUGGUAUUGCGACAUCAAUCAAAGAGAAACUAAAAGAAGAAGACAUGGAAUUCGCCGACUCUCGAAAGAGAUUUUUACCUUCUAGGAGUAACCAUCUUCCAAGACCAUUUAUUCCCAUUGGACCUAGGUUUCAAGCUGAAGUUCCUAAAUGGGAGGCAUCAACCAACAUAAAACAAUAUGAUAAUGAUGAUUGUUUGAAGUGGUUAGGCACCCAACUUUGGCCAAUGCCUUCUUUAUCUAGAAAUAAUGCAAAAAGUCUUGGAAAAGGUAGGCCUGACUCAAGCUUGGGUGAGAACCUUGAAUCAGUUGAUUGUGUUAAAAAACACAUUGAAGUUAGGGAGUUCUUAAAAUCGAAGGUUAAUGACACUUUCUCAAGUUGGAAGUUUGAUAAUAAGAGAGAUGCGUCAAAAUCAUGGACAACAGAAGAGGAGAAGAAAUUUGAAUCUCUAGUAAAAUUGAAUCUAUUAUCAAGCGACACAAAGUUUUGGAAGCUCGUCAUGGAGUACUUUCCAUCCAAAUCUAUUGAGUGCAUGAUGAAUUACUAUUAUAAUGCAUACAUCCUAGAUGCAUGAGUAUAGAAAAGAAGACCUCCCUUUAGCAUAGUUCAUGGUGAAUCAAAAUAAUAACUGUGAGAUUGAAAGUGCAUGUUCAUCUAAAGGUAUGACUAUGAUUUCAAUUACCAAAAAUUUGAAAAAUUGCAAUAUUGAAAAUGUUAGGAGCUCGAUAUCUAGCUCAUGCAUCUUCAAUUUCAUUAUCAUUUAGAAGAUGUAGUCCUUGAAUGUGCUAUAAAUUCUCUAAAGUUUAGUCUCUUGUGGUUAUGUAUAAAUGACAUUUUAAGAAAAGUUGAUACAAGUUUUGUACAUCAAUUUAUUGUUGGAAAUUUUGCUUUUA